AUGAUCAGGAAGACAUUAACUACGCACCUAGCGCCGUUGAGGCCGCUAGUGAUAGCGAGAAAUGUAGCACAGAUCACACUGAUCCAUUCUGUGCCUUCGAUGAAGACAAAAGUCCCCACUAAACAACAUUCGUUGGAAUUGUCAAACUUGCGAAAACAGCUAUUGGACAGACCCGGCCUUCUAGGCAUCAAAAGAGGCAUGAUCACCUGGUAUACGGAAGACGGCAACCAGUUUGCUGCUACGGUAUUGGAAGUAGACUCAUGUGAAGUCAUGGCCAACAAAACUAAGGAGACUGAUGGGUACACUGCUGUAAUGGUUGGACUGGGAACAAAGUUGAAAAAUCUCACACCAGACCAAUUAAGGUUAGCACAACAAGCUGGAGUUUCUCCUAAACGGUCUAUAAGAGAAUUCAGAGUGAGAGAUGAGUCUGGAUUGAUUCCCGUAGGCACUGAAUUGAGGGCAGAUUAUUUCGCAGUCGGCCAGUUGGUGGAUGUGUCGGGAGUGUCAAAGGGUAAGGGAUUUGCUGGUGUGAUAAAGAGACAUGGAUUUGCUGGACUUCAAGCGUCGCACGGUGUGUCCAAGGCUCACAGAUCCGCUGGUUCUACUGGUGCUACACAAGAUCCAGGACGAGUAUUGCCCGGUAAAAAGAUGGCAGGACACAUGGGAGCUGUCAACCGCACAGUGUUCAACAACGAAGUGUUGCAUGCCGACGGAGAUGCCGGCAUUUUGGUGGUCAAGGGCGUUGUUCCUGGCCCCAACAAGUCGGUGAUCAAGAUCAGAGACGCCAAGAAAUUAUACGGCCGGUCGCUCUUGAGCAUGAAAAAUGUAAAUAGAACGUGA